AUGUCGGGAUACACGAAGUUCAUGAAAGAGUUGGUCACAAAGAAAAGGAGUUUUGAUUUUGAUAUAAUUGAAGUUUCCCAUAGUUGUAGUGCAAUUAUGACUAAGAAGAUGAUCAAAAAGAGAGAAGAUCCCAAGGCAUUCACUAUUCCUUGUACCAUAUGCAUUGUCCAAUUCGCUAAAGCUUUAUACGAUUUGGGAGCAAGAAUCAACUUAAUGGUCUAUGCGAUAUACAAACAACUUAGGUUGGGUGAACCAAAAGCAACCACAAUGCGACUCCUGAUAGCAGACCGUUCAAUCAAACAUCAUGUUGGGAUACUUCAUGACAUCUUGGUAAAGGUCGAUCGGUUAAUAUUUUUGGUUGAUUUUGUGAUUUUAGAUUGUGAAAUAUAUGCCGAAAUUCCCAUUAUCUUGGGAAGGCCAUUCUUGGCAACCGGGAGAGCAUUGGUAGAUGUUGAAAGUGGAAAUUUGAAGUUUCGGGUGAACGAAGAUGAAGUGAUAUUUAAUAUUUGUAAAUCCAUGAAAUACCCAAGUGAUAUUCAUGUAGUGUCUAUUGAUGAUGUUAUUGAUGUGGCGGUAGCUAGUGUAAGCCAUUUGAUGUGCAUAAAUGAACCCAUUGAAGCUGUACUUGCUAAUUAUGAUGAAUUUAAAGUUCAGGUCUAUGAGAAAGUAGUAGCUGCCUUGUCGGAAUUAUGA